AUGAAACUGUUCGUAGCCAUCGUUUUCGCCGUGCUGGCCAUGGUGGCCGCUCAGGAUCAGUACACGACCAAGUACGACGGUAUCGAUCUGGAGGAAAUCCUGAAGUCGGACCGGCUGUUCAAUAACUACUACAAGUGCCUGAUGGACGAGGGACGGUGCACCCCGGACGGCAACGAGUUGAAGCGUAUUCUGCCGGAAGCCCUACAGACCAAUUGUGCCAAGUGCAGCGAGAAGCAGAGGGCAGGGGCGGUCCGGGUGAUCAACUACAUGAUCGACAAUCGCAAGGAGCAGUGGGAAGCGCUACAGAAGAAGUACGAUCCGGAGAAUCUGUACGUUGAAAAAUACCGGGAGGAAGCCAAGAAGGAGGGCAUCAACCUGGAAUAG